ACUCUGUUUAGACACUACGCGGCAUCAAAGUCCCGCAUUGAUAUCGGAAGGUUCCUGAUUGAAAGGGGGGCAGACAUAAACGUCAAAGAUAAGGCGAACCAAACGCCCUUGCAUCGAGCGGCGACGACAGGAUCUACGGGAUUCAUUGCCCUCCUGCUCAACCCUCCUGAAGGUUCAACAACUGCCAAAAUACGGCUGAACACGGGCGAUCGGAUAGGCAAUACACCCCUUCAUCUCGCUAUGGAGUCAGCUCAUGCCCAGGCUGCAGUAAUGUUAAUUGAAGCAGGUGCUGACCGUGGGAGGACUAACUUAGAUGAAGUAACCCCUGAGAAUGUUGAUGGUGUCGGAGGCACCGAGCAGAGAAGGGCGAAGCAACAUGUAAUCGAUCACUGCGGCGACCCCUGA